AUGUAUGAUCAGGGUAAAGGCAACAUCUUCUGUUUUAAGUCCUCCGUGGGGACGGACAGAUUUGCUAGAAGCUCACUUCAGGAGAUGUUUAUCGGUUUCAGCGACUCCCCACAGGUCCUGUGCAAAAGCUCGCUUUCAGCAGCAUUAUACGAUUUCAAACAGGCUAUAGACAAAGAAGACAUUAGUAACGUGAAGAUCGUGACUUCGAGCCGCGGGAGAGGGUUGUUUCAGGUCUACCAGGGGCUUCUCUUCACUUCUGCGUAUAAUUUCGAGUACAGUAUCAUGUUUGACAAUCUGUCCUGUGACUGCUGUCCCCCGGGUCAGUGCACAGCUGACGCUGAACGUGAGCUCAGCACGUUUCUACAGCACCUACCAGCGCUCAAAGGAGACAUUGCAAUUCUUAGAUCUUCUUUAAUUUCAGACUGCUUCGGUCAUGGCUUCUCCACUCGUACCGGAGGUAUAUCCUACAUCAGCACUCUGAGCUCACUGAACCUGUUCUGUAACCCGCGGCGUAAAGACUCCAGAGCUGUGGUGGCAGAGAACCUCCGGCGGCUCGGCCUGCAGGCUGGGUUUCACCCUCACCAGUUCAACCUCAUAAAGUGUAAUCAUGCCAGUGAUGUGUGGGUGAUGGGCAAACCCGCCCCCGACAGUUACGACGGAAUGGUGACCAAUCAGGUGGGCGUUGUCAUAGCAGCACCAGGGGCCGAUUGCAUGCCGCUGCUCUUCACUGACCCCGUAGCAAAGGCCAUUGGAGUGGCACAUGCAGGCUGGAAGGGGACUCUCAUGGGAAUUGCCAUGGCAACGGUGAAUGCCAUGGUGUCAGAGUUUGGCAGCAGGCCUGCAGACAUUGUGUGUGUGAUCGGGCCUUCUGUUGGGCCAUGCUGCUUUACUCUGGAGCAAGAUUCGGCCCGAGAGUUUCACGCCAUACACCCAGACUGUGUUAGACACAUCGACUCAUCAAGACCUUAUGUUGACAUCAGACACGCAACCAGAAUUCUGCUGGAGAGAGGUGGGAUCAAACCCGAACACAUCGAGGACCUCAGGAUCCCACACAAGUCUGACUCCACACUCUGCACCUCCUGCCAUCCUGAACUAUUCUUCUCCCAUGUGAGAGAUGGACUCAACUUUGGGACACAAAUUGGCUUUGUGUGGAUCAAAUAAUCCUGCAUUCACCAAGCUUUGAUUGAAUGUGCAGAAACAUUACAUAUGCAUGUAUUCAUUUAGGAGAUGAAUCUAAAUGACAGUACAUAAAUAUAUUAAUAUAAUAAAUUAAUUCGUAUGGAAUUACACUUCCAAUGAAGAAAAUCAUUCGGUAACUUUACAAACAUCACAUCACAGGAGUGAAGAAGUAGCUUCACAUGCAUACAAACUUGUAAUUAAUAGUAGGAGGUAGAACUUGUUUAUUUGCUA